AAUAGAGUUGAGUAAGUGAUGGGGAUUUUGAUUGAUUCACAAGAGGGUGGUAAUAGUAAUGGAGGUCAAUGUUCAAAGAUGUUCUUCAAUAGGAAGAAGAAGGUGGAUUCUGCACGCAAGAACACCUCUGAGCCUCAACUUGCUAAGGAGCUAUCUGUUCCUCAACUCUUGGCAAUUGGUGUUGGUGCAACAAUUGGUGCUGGUGUAUAUGUUCUGGUUGGAACAGUUGCUCGUGAGCUUUCCGGUUCGUCUCUGGCAAUUUCUUUCCUGGUAGCUGGAUUCGCGGCUGCUCUUUCGGCUUUUUGCUACGCGGAGCUAGCUAGUCGUUGUCCUUCUGCUGGGAGUGCCUAUCACUACACAUACAUAUGUGUUGGGGAAGGAGUUGCUUGGUUGAUUGGCUGGGCCUUGAUAUUAGAAUAUACAAUUGGUGGAGCUGCUGUUGCUCGGGGCAUAACACCCAAUUUGGCUGCUCUUUUUGGAGGUGAAGACAAUCUACCCAUCUUUUUAUCGCGUCAGCAUAUUGCUGGGAUCAAUAUUGUUGUGGACCCAUGUGCAGCAAUUAUGAUAUUUGUUAUUACUGCCUUGUGUGUUGGGAUUAAAGAGAGUAUAAUGGUUCAAAGUAUAGUCACAUCAGUGAACAUGUGUGCUUUGAUGUUUGUCAUAAUUGCUGGUGGUUACCUAGGAUUCAAAUCUGGAUGGCCUGGAUAUGAAGUUCCUACAGGAUCUUUUCCAUUUGGGGUAGAUGGAAUGCUUGCUGGUUCUGCAACUGUCUUUUUUGCUUAUAUAGGUUUUGAUGCAGUUGCCAGCACUGCCGAAGAGGUGAAAAAUCCUCAACGUGAUCUGCCACUGGGUAUUGGUGGUUCAUUGUUUUUAUGUUGUGGAUUGUAUAUGAUGGUCUCGAUUGUUAUCGUCGGUUUAGUACCUUAUUAUGCUAUUGAUCCUGAUACCCCAAUAUCCUCUGCAUUUGCUAGCCAUGGAAUGCAAUGGGCAGCUUAUAUUAUAAAUGCCGGGGCUUUUACAGCUCUAUGUGCAUCAUUGAUGGGUGGGAUAUUGCCCCAGCCAAGAAUCUUGAUGGCUAUGGCAAGGGAUGGGCUGCUACCACCAUUUUUUUCGGACAUAAAUAAGCACAGUCAGGUUCCUGUUAAGAGCACAAUUGCUACUGGCCUUAUUGCUGCAAUUUUGGCAUUUUCCAUGGAAGUCUCUCAAUUGGCAGGGAUGGUUAGUGUGGGCACACUUCUUGCAUUCACCAUGGUGGCAAUAUCGGUGUUGAUACUAAGAUAUAUCCCUCCAGAUGAGGUUCCGUUGCGCCCUUUUCUCCAAGAACCAAUUGAUUCAGGGGCAGGUGGAUACAUUUGGAGCUGCUUGGAGACAGGUUGGAAAGAUAAGGAGGCAGUUGGUACUUCUGGGAACCGAAAACCUUUACUUGUGAAAGAGGAUGUAUCAAUUGAGUAUCCCCUUAUUCCUAAGCAACUUGCCAUUGGCAGCUAUUUACACGAGGGUAAUAGACGAAAGGUUGUUGGGUGGGUAAUAACAUUGACAUGCUUAGGUAUACUUGUCCUCACAUAUGCUGCUUCGGACUUAACCCUUCUCAGUUCGGUUCGCUUUGGAUUGUGUGGGGUUGGUGGCUCUCUUCUUUUGUCUGGUUUAGUCUUCCUAACCUGCAUAGAUCAAGAUGUUGCAAGACACAACUUUGGACACACUGGAGGUUUCAUUUGCCCACUGGUGCCACUGCUUCCCAUAGCUUGCAUUCUCAUCAAUUCUUAUCUACUUGUUAAUCUUGGAUCUGACACAUGGGCACGUGUUUCAAUAUGGCUCGCAAUAGGGCUAGUUGUUUAUGUAUUCUAUGGCAGAACGCACAGCUCCCUCAAAGAUGCAGUUUAUGUCCCAGCAACGCAAGUGGAUGAUACUUAUCACUAUCACACCACCACGUGUCUUGCUUAAUAAUCCAUGUGAAGCUUACUAGAAGCCAAAUUGUAUAGAAAAUGUAUAGAAAAUGUAUCUCAAGAUUAAUAGAUCAGGUCAUGGUUUUUUUUGGGUCAUAUUUUAGGUCAUGGUUGGUUUGUUUCUUGUAAAAUACCAACAUUCGGUUGCUCAUUAUGAUAGGCAAACGUAUUUUCAUGAUUUCAUCCCAAUAUAAAGUUGUUGGGAUAGAUCCUUAGUAACUACUAUUCUAGUAAUCUUUUGCCUUGCAUGGGGUAAUUCCGUAAUUUAAAUUUCAAAAAUGCUAUUU